AUGAAAAAAGUAAAUUAUACCAUAACAACAGACUUUAUUCUUAUUGGACUCUCUGAUCAUCCUGAGCUUUAUCUUUUUCUUUUCAUUGUCUUCUUACUAAUUUAUACAAUUAGUAUCAUUGGAAAUGUCUGUAUAAUUAUUGCAUACAAACUGAGUCAUAAUCUCCAAACUCCUAUGUACUUCCACCUUACCAACCUCUCAAUCUUAGAGAUUUUUUACAUUUCAUCCACUGUUCCAAAAAUGCUAUCAAAUUUAGUGAUGGAGAAUGAAACUAUCUCUUUCCAAGGAUGUGCAAUACAAAUGUUUUCUUUUUUGCUUUUUGGUAGUACUGAAUGCUAUAUGCUCGCGGCUAUGGCUUACGAUCGGUAUAAUGCCAUAUGCAAUCCCCUCUUAUAUAAUAUCAUUAUGAACAGAGGAAUGUGCAUAAAGCUUAUAGCUGGCUCAUACAUCAUUGGUUUAGUGAAUGCCCUAACACACACUACUCUAACCUUCACUUCCUCCUUUUGCGGAGCAAAGAAAAUUGACCACUUUUUUUGUGACAUUCCACCUUUAAUAAAACUGUUGUGUACAGACACCUGGAUUAAUGAAAUGGUUGUUUUUUUCAUAAGUGGGGCUGUUGUUGUUGGUUCAUGUUUGCUAGUAAUGAUCUCUUACAUAAAUAUAAUUAAAACUAUAUUAACCAUCCAAUCAACAUCAGGGAGGAAGAAAGCAUUCUCAACUUGCUCUUCUCACUUUACAGUUGUCACAAUAUUUUUUGGUUCUGCUAUUUUCAUGUAUAUGAGACCUAAAUCAAGUUACGCAAUGGAUCAAGACAGAUUGAUUGCGGUUAUGUACGCUGUUAUUGCACCAUUAUUAAAUCCUUUUAUAUACAGUCUCAGAAACAGCGAUAUGAAAACUGCUUUCAGAAAUAUAGUUCAUCGAUAUAUAGUAAACACAAAGCAUGUAUAA